AUGUGUGUCGAAGCCUAUACUGACUACCCUCCCCUCGGUCGUUUCGCUGUCCGUGAUAUGCGUCAAACCGUUGCUGUUGGUGUUAUCAAGUCUGUUGAGAAGGUUGAGAAGACCGGUAAGGUCACCAAGGCCGCUGUCAAGGCUGGUAAGAAGUAA